UCAGCCUCGCCCUGACGUUGACCCCAGCUCAGAGGCAGGCUGCGGGCUCCUGUCACACCGGGUUAUAGCAAUGGUGACCACAAGGGGGCGCCACCGCAGGAUUUUGUUUUUUACCUUUACAUUCUGGCAGAAUAAAAGAAGCAACCAAAAAAAAAAAAAAAAACUCUUGGGUUCCAUUUCCAAAUUUAAUACACCUGUUGAAAUACAGCCUCUAGAAAUUGAACAGGUAGUGGGCAUGGUAGCACACACCUGGGAGACCCUAUUUCAAAAAGACAAAAGAAAAAGUGACCAGUGUAGCUGGUAGGCACAGGACAGAAUCAUGUACUGACUGGCCACCUCCUAACACCUCUGUAGCUUUUCUGUGCUCCCCACUUUCCAAGUAGCAGGGCCACCUCUUCUGUCCCACAGGUGACACUGCUGUCCUUCUCGGUGGACUCUGAAUUCACCUUUGUCGAUUACAUCAAGGGAGGGACGCAGCUGAACUUCACGGUGGCUAUCGACUUCACAGCUUCCAAUGGAAACCCUCUGCAGCCCACAUCCCUGCACUAUAUGAGUCCCUACCAGCUCAGCGCCUACGCCCUGGCCCUCAAGGCAGUGGGAGAGAUCAUCCAGGACUACGAUAGUGACAAGCUCUUCCCAGCUUAUGGCUUCGGAGCCAAGCUGCCCCCCGAGGGUCGAAUCUCGCACCAGUUCCCCCUGAACAACAACGAUGAGGACCCGAACUGCGCUGGCAUUGAAGGUGUGCUGGAAAGCUACUUCCGGAGCUUGCGCACGGUGCAGCUCUAUGGCCCCACCUACUUCGCUCCGGUCAUCAAUCAGGUGGCCAGGGCUGCAGCUAAGAUCUCCGAUGGCUCCCAGUACUAUGUUCUGCUCAUCAUCACAGACGGGGUCAUCUCUGACAUGACACAGACCAAAGAAGCGAUCGUCAGCGCCUCCUCCCUGCCCAUGUCCAUCAUCAUUGUUGGAGUGGGGCCAGCCAUGUUCGAGGCAAUGGAAGAGCUGGACGGCGAUGAUGUACGUGUGUCCUCCCGGGGGCGUUUCGCUGAGCGGGACAUUGUUCAGUUUGUUCCGUUCCGAGACUACGUGGACCGCUCGGGAAACCAGGUUCUCAGCAUGGCCCGACUAGCUAAGGAUGUGCUGGCUGAGAUCCCAGAGCAGCUGCUGUCCUACAUGCGUACCAGGGACAUCCAGCCCCGGCCCCCACCCCCCGCCAACCCCAGCCCAGCCCCAGCUUCAGAGCAGCCAUGAGCAGCCCACUCUCCCGUGCCUAGCAUUUGCCCCCCUGCUCCCUCCUGCUGAAAGCCAGAGGCACUGGAAACCUGGAACUCACUGGCAUCCACGCUGGCAGGUGUGCCUUCUACGCUCCCUGCAGCAGGGCCUGGCACUAGCAGUGCUCCCUACCCUAAGCCAAUAAUAAA